UGAAUGCGCGCCACAGCAAAACGGAAGAAAAUAUCAGAAAACGGAUUGCAUUAGGUUGUCCCAAAAGUUUCGUUCGUUUUAUUAAUAAUUAAUAUACACACAAUAUUUUAUGUUUUAUGUUACAUUACUGAAUUCUGUACGAUUCAUUUCGCUGCACUACUGUUACAGCAUCAACGUCUAAGAAAUUAGAUUGUCCAUUUAUACAAACACUGCCGCAGAAAAUAAUUUUUUCUUUUUUUUUUUUUUAUAUGGAUUUAUUUUAUUAUUAUUAUUAUUAUUAUUACUGCAUGGUAAUUGGCGACGAAUUUGAUUGGGUUUCUGAUGGUGCUAUAUACCACUGUAGAGCAUUUUGUUGUACCAUAUUUUAUUCCAUUCUUCUUCCGAUGCGUGUUGUAUUCUUGUAAUCGAGUCUCGGUACGGGAUUUCUAUUUCAUUAUUUGGAGUCAUGGUUGUCGCUUCUCUUGCAACGAGGUCUGCUUCUUCGUCGCCAGUGAUGCCUCGGUGGAAAGGUACCCAAGUAAUUGUUACGUUUUUGUUUUUGUUUGUAACUUUGGUGCACGUUUCCUGGAUUUCUCGAAUGCAACUCACGAAAGAAACUUUCGGGACAACCUAAUACAUAAACAGUUCUUCCAUUUUUCGAAUUCACGAAAAAUCGAUUUUCGAUCGCCGAAAGCCAUUUCGUCCCCGCGCCGUAGUAGCAAAGGUAAUUCGUUCAGAGAAUUUCGAUGAAAAUAUUCGCUGGCACCGUGGUAUCCUUAAGGUCUCCUCGGUGAUCCUCGCAAACAAGGACAGAAGAGAAGGGGAUACGAAGUGGUAUAGGCACCUUUCUCGCGGCGCUCGCUGUGGAAUGGCAAAAAGAGAGGAGGCACUCUGACGUCACAUUGGCUGCUCGGUAGUGCCGCUAGCCUCUCACUUGGUCGGCGACGUUCGGCACGUUCGGUUCGGUUCGGUUCGUUUCGUUUCGUUUCGUUACGUUUCGUUUCGUUUCCCCUUAAUUCCGUUCGAUUUCGAGCCGAUCCGAUUUCGUUCGAUCGCCUUCCCACUCGAAAUCCGGCUGCCAGAGGGAGCUGACCUGCAAAAAUCGCCCUCGGACGCGAAAGUGUGCGACAUGUAACGAGCCUCGACUAAAGUGUGCAAACUCCGAAGUGAUAUUGUUCGGUGUCCGGUGGUUGUUCCGGUUCGCCAGUGUGCCGAUGAUUAUUUUGUUCUAUCAUUGUGCCAUGACACUCUGGAUACGAUCGUGAAUGGAUUAAAUGGCAGCCACGCGGUCACGGAACGAGGAUGAGCAAUUACGAAGAUCGCAGAAAACCGCGGACAGGUGCUUCGAAGAAGCCGAGGACUGCGUUCAUCAUAGGAAAUGACCAUGACGAGCGUGGCUGUCGCCCCGGGUAGCCUCGGCGCACCUCCAUCUAUGCUCACCCCAAAGAUGUAUCAUCUACAGCAGGGGUUAAGUUCAACAUCGGCCUCACCCAGUCCUGAAAAAAAUUACGACACGCUGAGCAAAGGAAAGAAAUCGUGGAGCGUGCGUCUGGGUCUGUCGCGGCAGAAUCAAAGCGGCGAUGAUCCUGGAAAAGGGUGGGGAACGAUCAGCGGGAGCAGCGGGCUCUCUCGACAAAUGAUCUACGGCGAUCCGUGGCUCUAUGGCACGGUUCGAUCAUCGAGGGUUGGUCUCGAGCCACGAGGCUUCAUGACACCACCGCCCCCGCCGCCCCCGGGAGCGCCGAUACUGGUAGUAUGUUCCUGUCCAGAAUUUCUCAGCGGAACCACCCGGAAGUUCGGCAAUUGCCGCAAGUGCGGUGGUCACCGAUUGGCUGGCGUCCCUUUAGGCGGAACAUGUCGGCUUCCGACGAUUUCCUCGAGGUCGAGACCCAGUCUCGCGGGAGUCCUGAGGACCUCGAUAGACGAUCCGUACGACCAGAUGAGACGGAAUCGGCUGGUCGAGCCGCGAACGAGAGCACGGAGCAUUUCGCCGCAUCGGCCGUUAUCUCAGCGCGAUUCUCGAAGCCAAAGCGUGGCGCGAAACGCGAAAGAACGAAAAGGCUCCGUCGAAAGUACUUGUUCGAGAUCCGAAUGGUUCGACAAGGAGGCAACUGGAAGCUACGAGGAGACGACGCGCAAACCACGACCGAACUUCGCUGUCGCGUCCACCGAAGAGUGGCUCGAGGAGGCACCGUCGUUGGCGAACUCCAUCCGGACUCCGUCGUCUUUAACUACGCCCGGUAGGCUGGUACGGGUCCCGAAGAAAGUCAGAGGCACGGGUACGUUGACGAAAACACCGGAAACGGGUCAGGCGAAGAUCGGCAACCAAGACGAGUGGAAAGAUCGGCCAUCGAGCGCGUUGGACUCGCGAAAGAGCAUUCUGGAGUGCGACGUGAAUCCUUAUCUUUUGCUAAAGAAGCAGAAGGACGAGGACGAUCUCAGCGACGACCUGUCGGACAACGCUCUCGAGCAGGACGAAGCCAGACCGCGGUCCAGUUUGUUCGAUCCCUCGAAAGUGAAAUCGAUCGAGAGGAUACCGAACAGAAGCGCCGUAGCGGCGAUCGGCGGUCAGAGAAUCAGGGUGUUCAGCGAACCGCGCGAGAUCUCGGAUAACGAGGACGUUCCGCCGGUCACGAGGAUUCCCAUACCAAAGGUUUCACCGAAGCGACCACCGAGGAGACUAAAAGAAGCCAAACAAACGCUGAAAAGCAUCCUGAAACGGGGAAAGGUGCUCGAGACCAAACGGAAGAACGUCCUCUUCAACGUCGAUAACGUUAUAUUCGCACCUGAGAAACCAUCGGAGGCCACGCGGCUACUGUGGACCAGAAUCGGAAGGAUCGCGAAUUGCGUCGCAGGAAGAGAGGAAAGAAACAAUGAAGAAUCAGAGGAAGAAGUGGAAGAAGAAGUGGAAGAAGAAGAAGAAGAAGAAGAAGAAGAAGAAGAUGAUGAAGAGGAAGAAGAAGAAGGAGAAGAAGAAGAGGUGACAGUGAUGACGCAUGAGCAAAAGGAGAAAUAUAAUUUCAUUACUAUUCCGAAUAUCAGGGAUCCAAAGAUUGACAGAAUUAGACCGAAGGAGCCUAAAAUCUCUCAGGAUGUGAGCCAAAACCACGUUAAUGCUGACGGAACGAAAGAGGUUCAAAUGGACAGGAUGUUGCACGAGAGCGAGGAUAUACCUGAAAAGAUCUCGAAUCAAAUUAUUCGUUCGCCGAAACGCGAAAAUACGAAGAAGGGGGACGAAGGAAAGAAAAGGAUACAAGAGGAAAAUUCCGUAAAAAUGAAAGACGACACCAAACAGCAGUACGCGGUCAAGGAUCGCAAGGAUCGUAUUCCAAGCAUCGCUGUCGACGAGAAGGACCUGAUUUUGAAAUCCGAAGAGAACUCAAAGAAAUCAUCUUUAUCACGCAGUCAAAGCGAACGAUCGUUCAAUAGACCAGGAGUGUCAGCUGGCAAUAUAUUGUUCAUGGAUACCAUGCGCCUCAGCCUCUACAGAAAAGUCAAGGAAUCGCAGUCCUCGUUAUGUUCGAGCGAACAGACAAUUCGGCCGGACGAUUCGUCCGAAUUCAUGGAGGAGACAGCGGAAAGCGUGUACUCGGAGAAAGAUAGCGACUCGAUUAAAACGGAGUACGAGCAACAUUCGUUCGACUCGAAAGAAAUCGAAGAAAUUAUCGAACAACGAAAAAUGGAAAUCUCGAAAGAUACCCAGAGCAAUUACGAGGAAAACAACGAGCAUUUUCGAGGCAUGAGACCGACCAGUUGGUCUCCGCCACCCGGAAAACCGAAACACCGUUACAAGAUUAGCGAACCGAACGUAAAACCAAAGGACACGGAUUAUUCCGAAUCGGAUCGAAACAGCCCAACGGUGAAGACCACGUGGAACGCGUCCAACUCCUACGGAUCCUCGAAAGUUGAAAUUGGAUCACCGACGACGGAAGCGAACGUGUACAAAAUAACCGUGAGUCCUCGAGCUUCUCCCCUCGUUCACAGGCUUCAAAUAGGUCCAGAUGCCAAAGGCGCGAGGCGAACGUCAAUUUUAAUCAACGGAGACACGACGCCGAGCGCCGAAACAACGUCGGACAACAAAGUGACCAUCAGCGUCGGGGGCGAGGACAGCGUUUACAAUCCUACGGUGAUCUCGGUGAACUCGGAGAAUCCUCCGCGAAUAAAAAGCUCCGCGGAGAAUCGCACUCUAGUGAUUCUGGACAACUACAAAUCGAACAUCGUCGUCGAGGCCGUCAAAGAAGAUUCUCAGACGAAGUCGCUUAACGCCGAAUGGGAGCCUAUCGAAACCGAGGAUCGCUCUCGAAAGACCAACGAAUUCGCUUCUGACGAAAAAACGUUGAACACGCCGGAGGUGACUACGGAUUCUGAGAAACAGAAUCCGAAUUUUGAUGGUAAAACUACGGGAAAGAACUCGAAACUCCACGUAACAGGCGAUCGCGUGGCACGAGCGGAGAAAAAGACACAGCAGAAAGACGCUGAAAAUUCGUCGAAGCUUGCUGGAUUGUCCAAGGAAGCGUUGAUCUCGAAGUUGCUCGAGGAUUCCUUGAGAAAGGCUCGCGAGAAUGGAGAAAUACUCGACGAAAGUAGCGGCGAGGCAAUUUUGAAGAUCCUGAAGCAGAGUUUAUUGAAGAGCAAAGAGUACGAAAGUUCCGAGUCGACCCUCGAGGCAAAUUACUCGAGAUCGUCCAGUUUGAAUUCGGACGGUGAUUUUAUCUCGACGAACCUUUUCCUCGAGGAGAAUCCUUACGAAGUGAUCAAGGAACCCAUUUACGAAGAGAUUCCCGACGAACCUCCUCCGCUGCCGUUGAGUCCGCCACCGACCGAGGAUUACAUUAAGGACAGGAUAUACUUCGGCGGCAUAGAUUACUACAGAAAGGGCAGCGCCGAUCAGUUCCUUGGCAAUUAUUUGACGAACGAUGUUUUCAAGAAACCGAAUACCGAGGAUCUGGCGGAAACGUAUCUGUCCAAGAGUCCCGAGGAUUUUUUCAAGAAGAUGUCCACGUCGCCGGAGGAAGAGAAUAUCUCGAGCAAAUUCGAAUUGCUUAACUUCUUGAUGGACUCGAAGGAUCGAACGAUCUCCAUCGAAGGAGAGGACGACGAGGACGACGAAGACGAAGAGGACACGGAGGGGGACUUGGAAGCUCUGUACGAACAGAAGGAGACCAGCCUCGGUGAUCUUAGCUCGAAGAGCUCUCAGAUCUCUAAUGUAUCCGACAGCAGCGAGGAGUGCAAUAUUAUCCUGACCAGUUCACCGGAAACAUCAAAGGCAAGGGCCGUAGAUAUAGAAAGAACCGAUAGCGGAGUGGGAUCAGAAAGCAGUCAGGCUAGCAGCACUCGAGGCGUGCCGAGACGUUGGAGAGCAGGAAAUGUCUCCUCGGGACCAGGAAGUCUCUUCAGUGGAAUCCCACAAGUGAUUUCCGGUGAUUCAAAGCUCUGCGAGGACUGCGAACAACGUCUGGAUCCUUUGAUAACUGACAGCGGCGUGGUAUACGCGCCUUUCGUGUGCAGAAAAUGUUCGAAAAAGAGAGUGGAACGCAAAGAAAUCAUCACGGAGAUUGUGGAGACCGAACAGAAAUACGGAAGAGAUUUGCAAAUCAUUCUGGAAGAAUUUCACAGACCCAUGUUCAGAGCUGGUCUUCUUACUUCGGAACAGCUCACAGCAAUAUUUCUUAACGUGGAAGAGCUCGUCGAACACAAUGUCGUACUCGCUGAGAAAUUAAAGGAUGCUGUGGAAUUUGCUCAGGAAUCUGGAGACGAAGAUCUAUUGACGGUGGACGUAGGAAAAAUCUUUCUGGAGUCUGAACGGAUGCUUCACGCAUUUGAAAGUUACUGUACCCGGCAAGGGAGCGCAAGUUUACUGUUACAAAAUUUGGAAAAAGAGAAAGAGCUACUGCGAAUAUUUUUGAAAGUUUCACAGAUGGAAAACACAGUCUUGCGCAGGAUGAAUUUAAAUUCCUUUUUGAUGGUUCCUGUUCAAAGAGUGACAAAAUAUCCUCUAUUAUUGGCACGAUUGUUGAAAGCUACUCCAUCCGUGCGACCAGACAUUCAAGAAGCCAAGGAAAGACUUAAACAGGCUCAAUCGAACAUCGAGUUGCACUUGGAACAUAUGAAUGCUGAAGCGAAGGAUGUAACUUCAACAAAGCUUUGGAGAAGAAUUUCCAUCAUUCAGAAUGGUAGACGACCAAUUGGGGAGCAAGAUAUGGUGAACAUAAAAUUGAGAAAGAUGGCCGUGGAAGUAUUAGAAUGGGCCCAUGAAGAAGCCAAAUUUGUUUUGGAAGGACGUCUUUUAGUUGCUCAGCCAACCGAUAAUAAUUGGAGACGCGGACGUACUGUCAAGCUCGCUCCUGUUACUGCUAUGUUGGUUACCAAUGGCAAACCAAGUGCAGAAGACCUUGAGUUUAAUGACGACUUUCUUUUUCCAAGAUAUAUAGGCAUCAAGGAGGCUACCCUCUUGUUGGUAAAAGAAAAAUUUGGACGGUAUUCGUUAUUACGCGAACCACUGUAUCUUGAUAAGUGUAUAGUAUGCUGUGAAACAGAUCUUGAAGAUUAUUUUGAAGUUCAAGAACUAUAUUCCAAGGAAACAUUUAUAUUUAAGGCUGAAGAUGGAGCCAGAACAAAAAGGUGGUGUAGGACAUUGCAAGCUCAUGCACAAUCUCUUGGUGCAUGGCGAAAACGUCGCGGAGCACUGCCAAAUAUAAUGAUAUGUGGUGUUACGAGAAACUGAUGAAGAAUUUACAUGAUUAGAUCUUUUUUAAAUAGACAUUUACAACCGUUACUUAAAGGUCAUUAUGAUUCCUAAAGUGUACAUGACUUAGCGGACAUAGCACAGUGGAUCAAACAGUUAUAUGAUCUCCAGAUAAAUUAGUAAUGAUUUGUCAAGGAGAAAGUGUCGGACCAAAGGAUUUCCUCUGCUAAUUGAUGUUAUAUGUCAAUAAGUGAUACGAAUAUCAAGUUCUCGCCGUACGCAGACUACUUUGCGUUCGGUUGCAGUACAUUGCAAAAACUUAAAGUUUCCUACAUUGCUGUAGUUAACAUACUGUAUAACGUUAAAUCGCAGUAAACUGUUCUCUCUUUCCCUUCUCUUGAUUUAUAGCCACACAUGUACACAGGAUAAGUAAUUGCCCGCAUAUAGUACAGUUUAAUUGUAAUUGCAUUGAAAUCGAAAGAGCAGAAAGUAGCUGUGAUACUGACCGGUGUACUGGGUACUUUUUUUUUUUAAAUAGUAUUAAAUACCGCGGUACGAGACUUAGCUUUUUCCUAUGUAUGUACUUAUCGAGUGACACUUAACUUCUGCGAAAACAUCGAUAAAAGUGUACAUAACAUUUAAAACGGGGUAAUAGGGUUUGGCACAUUUUGUACCUACGAUUUAUGGAGCCAGGAAACUGCCAAAUGUUUCAUUGAACCGGCCUUAAUUAUGAUACAUAAAUUAAUUAAUCUAUUAUAGACCGUAACUACUCCUUGAAUAUAAUUAACAGUAUUUUACUACACCUAACACACAAAAUAGAAAUUGUACAUUGUACUAUAAUUUUAUUUAAAACCUAAGCCAUAUGUUUGUACAUAGAUGUAUAUUUAUACCGAAACUAGUUUUAACAACACAAUUGUUAUAUUAAAUCCAUCAUUCAAUAAAAAUCAAAUAUACCUA